GCGAGGUGGAAUCCGUUUGGAAAUGUGCCACUAUUUUUGGCCACGGCACUGGCAGCAACUUGGCCGCAACAUUCGUAGCACGGCAGCCAUAUAUAGCAACUGGAGCGGUCCGCCAUGUGGUUGCCGGUUGAAUGACCCCGCUGCUCAAGUUGGGCGUCCUUGUCCUAUUGACGUCGGCUUCUGUCGCCAACGCCGACAACCACCUUCAAGCUCGCCAAGCUGUUGUCUCUGGCACUCCCGUAGCUCAGGCACCCGCAGCGACAAGCGCACCGGUGGCCGCCGCACCUGCAGCGCCAGUAGCAAGUACUCCCGCCGCCGCAGCGCCUCCCGCGACUCCGGCCGCCCCAGCGGCAACUUCGGCUGCAGCUGCAGCGCCCGUAGUGCCCGCGGCUCCGGUGGUGACAUCCGUCGUAGUACCAGUAGUGCUACCGUCGGUGACGGCCGUGAUUCCAGUUGUCUCCACACCAGUUCCUCUCGUUGUGAGCUCCAUUCCAAUCCCCGCAGUGUCCUCAACUUCGGUACGAGCCAGCACGACAUCUACUCCGACAUCUCGGGUUCCCACCUCGACCCUAGCGGAGACGUCGACAACCUCCACAGUGUUACCCGCAGCGACGGCGUUACCUGCGGCGACGGCAAAUAUCAUUGCGCCAAAUACGGACCCAGUGAACCAGGAGUACUCGUCGUUCUCUCAAACGGCAGUUAUCGGGAUAUCUGUUGCAGCAGGGGCCAUCGUCGUCGGAGCAGUCUCCAUCUUCGUGUUCAGAAAGGUUGCGAAUAGCCGGGCCAGGAACGGUAAAUCAGCUCAACUUGCUUUUGCGGUUCACACGAGAAGAAAGACACACAGUGGAAACGGAGGAAAGGCGAUGGUAUCCAGCAAUGCCAACAGUCAAUCGACGCUUGUUAGCAACACAUCCGUGAAUGAUGUUCAUGCGGGUCAGCCGGGAAGCGCCAUUGAGCACCCGUCCUUUGGUCGCGUCAAGCACGACGGACCCGGUGUCGAGGGGCUGCACGCCAGCCCUGCUGACCACGAGUACUACCACCAGCCCACCUCGCAAGUCAUCAAUGUUGCGCCGACACCCACUGGCAGGAUGAUACCAGAGGGUUAUUACUACGACCCAUACACCUACGCACAUCCGACGGAGAUGAUGGCAUCGGUCGCCGCGGUCGCUUCCAUCCCACAUCCUCACCCUCACGCCCACCCACAACCCCACCACUACCAGCAGCCAAUGUACUAUGAGGUUGACCCGUCCCACGAUCCAAACAUGAGCAUGCCGCGCCCAAUCCCACCGCACAUGGCGGGCAUACCGCACGGACAGUAUCCAACUGAAGUGUACGAGGUGUACUACCCACAACAACCAUACCACCCGCAGCCAUCAUUGACUCGACAGCCAUCAUUGGAGGAAAUGUAUUACCCCGCAGCAGAGGAUGAAAGCGGUAGCAAUAGAGGUCAUUAGCCUAUUAGAUCUAGAGUAAUUCAUUCGUAGGUGCAACAGUGAUCCAUUGGAAUAUUGCUCCUGUGUAUCAUAGAGAGCGCG